AACCUUUCCAACUCUGACAGCUUCCCCGGAGCCAGUUCCGCACCGGGUGGAGGUGCAUGAAAUGUAUGAAUAACCCCAGUUGCUUGAUGCCAGCAUUUCGGGCUCCAGCAGUUGGCUCUAGUCCUGUGCAUAUUAGUCGGCAGGAAGAGCUGCGAUCUGGAGCGUUGGAGGCGGGAGCUUCACGGCGCACGCUCCGCAGGAGUCCACGAUGGCCCCGCCCAACCAGUAUCGGCCGAUCCAACCUGCUCCUGGCAAAGGGUCCGCAGCAUCCACCUCAUCAAGCUGGCUCGCAAAGGGUCUCACGAAGAGGCUCAAGGCAGUGACGCAGGCAUGUCACACCUGCCGUCGUAACAAGGCCAAGUGCGACGGUGUGCGACCCAGAUGCGGCGGAUGCACUGCCAAGGGCUCAGCUUGCGGCUACGAAGGAGAGGCAGGGCAGUCACGGCAAGCGGCUUUGAGAGCUCGCCUUGAAUCGCUCGAGAAGCUGGUGGGCGCCCUGCAGUCCAAGCCGGAUGACGAAGCCCUGCGCUUGUUGCAACGUCUCAGGUCUGCCGACGAUGUUUCCUCCGUAUGUGAUACCGAUACUGUGGACCUGAACACGCCAACGCUGUCGCUUGAAGCUUCGUCGGCCUCCUCCGAGUCUUCGUUCGCAAAUCACCCCUCGGAUGCUUCCCUGCAAGUCGCCCGAGGUGUUGCACCGCUCGUGGGAACGUCUUCGAAGAAUCCGCCAGCCGGGAAGCUCCCCUCGCCUUCUCAGCAGCGACUUCUGGCUGCUGGCCUGGCUGACUAUCUGAGCUUUGCCAUCCCCUGCGCCCAGACGACGUGGGCUGGUGUCCAAAGCUUCUUCAGCUCGUGUGGUAGACUGUUCCACAUCUAUUCGCAGCAGCAGCUGGAGGUCUACUAUCGGAUGGUCUUCGGGAUCGACGGCAGACCCGAUACCUCGCAAAAAUUGGCCAUAUGCUGCCUAUCCGCCGUUGCUGCUGUGGGUAUCCAGUACAACCCCGACGACUUUGAGAGGGGACUCGAGAAAGUGUUCCACAAUGUCAGCCGCCGUUUCUUUGCCGAGGUCGUGGAAGAACGGGCGCUGGACACAAUCAAGGUUUGCACCUUAUUCGCCAUGUACUAUAUCAUGGAUAAGGCUACAGCGGCCUUGGCCUAUGUUGAGGUUGGUCUCAGCAUGUCGAAGAGACAGAGCGAGAAUACUGGUGUAUGCCACCCGUCUCUGGUUUCAAAUGAGGACUGGAUAGAUUUUCGGAGGACCUGGAGAGCUCUGCUCUUUUUUUCCAGUUGGCUAUCAUCAACCUUGGGAUACAUUUCAGGGGCCGACAACUCGGAUGAAUUUGCUAAAGUGCUCCCGGUAGCCGACCAAGAUGUUGACAGCUACAAUCCUGAAUUGGGCGAGAUUAUCCAAGCAGAAAUGACAAAGCUAACCCUCCUGAAAGCCGGCAUCCUGCGCAAUCAUCUUGCCGUCCGCGAGCUCACGAUGCUCGGCAUGGAUGGCAUCAUCAAGGAGCUCCAGGAUUGGUGCAGUCAGCUUCCCGAGGAGAUCAAGCUAAGCAGUCUGGACGUCCGGAGAUACGACUGGGCUCCCAUCGUCCGAUGGUCGAUCUACCAUCUCCAUAUCUUAUAUCACGGGGCCCCUAUGCUGGUCUACCGCCGGAUUGCCGCCCACUGUGUCCGUCUACAGCGGACAGGAGGAGACCUGGAGUCGGCCGCCCGCGAUCCGACCUUGUUGAGCUUGGUUGAGCAAGGACUCAUUUCCGCGAAGGACACGGCGAUCCUGGUGGGUCUGCUGUUUAGUGAGCAGGGCGUCUUCAGGAGAUGCUGGAUUGUCAUCUUUCAAACCCACACAGCCUGCGUGGUAAUUCUCCACUCGGUCGCCCAGAAGCAACUCCACCGCUUCCCUCCUUCUUCCUGGGCCGAAGACAUGAACAGAGCCAAACAAUGUCUCGACGUGCUCGGACAUUGCGGCGAGAUGGACCCCGUCGCCCUGCGCUUCCGCGUCCGCUUGUCGGGAAUCUACAACAGCUUAUCCCGUUUCGUGCCGGAGGGUCAGGACCCUGCCAUGCAGCGGGUUGAGGACUGGGUUCCGCCACCCCCUGACCACUCAGAUCACUACGCCUUCAACGCCACGACUCCCGCCUAUGAAAAACACCCAAUAGACUAUCUCUUCACCAUCCCGCCAAACCCGAAUCCACAACUCCUAAGCCUCUCCUUCUCGCUGCUGUUCGCUCUCUGUCGGCCGUGGAGCGACACCGCGACUCUUACGGCGCCUCCUGAUAAGGCGCACGGGCGCCAGCUAAACCCAGAGAACCAAUCCCAGCUUUUCGACACACUGGACUGGGACUUUGGGAAGGUCACACCGUUCCGCUGGGAUACGGAUGGCAUGGGCAUACUCAAGCAGGGUGAGGCUGUCGACCCGAGUUGCUUUCUCGAUAGCGAAUCGCCGAGCGGGUGGGCGUUGGCAGAGGAUUUGGAGGCGGAUAUGGAGCAGGGUAACUGCAAGGCGGAAGAGUGAAGAUGAGUGAUCAUGGGCGGCAUUGCUUUCAAGGGAGGGUUAGGGGCGGCUUUGCGGUCAUGGUGGUUUUGAGAGCCUUCCAAGGGGAUGUCUUGCGGACUUCUGGGUUGAUAACGGCAAAGCGAGGGGCGGCUCAAUCUUGUUAGCUACGGGAACACGGAACGUGGCUAUAGAGGAGGCUGACACAAGUUUCCAUUCAGUGUGUUGAGAGACGUUUUGGACAUGAAACAGGGCAGGCUGUUACCUGUACUUUACAAUGAUGACCUCAGUAAGCUGUUUAUCCGGGGAACCACAACUCCGUCUUUGCGCUCCUUGUGAGGAAGGUGAUGGUGGAAGGACGAUAAAAACAG